AUGGAAUACAUGAAAGAAGAAAAUGGACAAAUAGUCAUACCAGUCUUCUAUAAUGUGGAUCCAUCACAUAUUCGUCACCAGAGAGAAAACUUUGCAAAAGCAUUUGCCAAACAUAAAUUGAAGUACAAGGAUGAUGUUGAGAGAAUGGAGAGGAUUGAAUCAGAGGAUAUUCAACAAAUUGUUAAUCAAAUUUCGCUCAAAUUAUGCAAGACUUUAGUAUCUUAUUUGCAAGAUGUUGUGGGAAUAGAUACUCAUUUAGAGGAAGUAAAAUCCCAACUAAAGCUUGAAAUCAAUGAAGUUCGAAGUGUGGGGAUUUGGGGCAUGGGGGGAAUUGGUAAAACGACAAUAGCAAGGAAAAAAGAUAAUUAUGUGAAUAAUAAGGAGGACGGAAAGCAUAUGAUAGCUCAUAGACUUCGUUAUAAGAAGGUUUUAGUUGUGCUUGAUGACAUAGAUCAUAGAGACCAUUUGGAUUACCUAGCAGGAAAUUCUAAUAGGUAUGGUAAUGGGAGUAGAAUUGUUGCAACAACUAGAGAUAAGCAUUUGAUUGAAACGAGUGAUGUGAUAUAUGAAGUGACUACACUAGUUGACCAUGAAGCUAUUAAAUUGUUCAAUCAAUAUGCUUUCGUCAAAAAAGAAGUUCCCGAUGAAUAUUUUGAGAAGCUCUCAAUGGAGGCUGUACAUCAUGCUAAAGGCCUUCCUUUAGCCCUAAAAGUGUGGGGGUUCUUUAUUACAUAA